AUGGUUCCUUCUCCUUCUCCACACAAGAAGCACUCGGAACUUGAAAAGGCUUCUCAUCUUGUGCUGGCAGGUCUUGAUGAUCCGAUGGUGCAGAAGAGUUCCCUCUCGUAUCGGGUGAUUUCAUCAUUUUCAUCAUCCUCACCAUCAUCAAGUGAAAUGCAUUCAGAAGAGUUGCAAAUGGUGUUGAAAGUGAAGCCUAAGAAGCAAGAUCAUCAUCGUGAUGAUGAGAAGAACCAUUAUUCUCACCAAAAUGAAGCUCAAGUUGACUCUUCCGAUCCAACCACACAAAUUCCGUACAGUGCUAAAUUGUGUCAAGUUGAAUUUGAAAUUACAAUUACAUUUGUUUCUUACAGUAAACAAAAUACAAAGGUCAGAGUGAAGAGCACCACCGUAGAGACUGGAAGUGAACAACGAUUGAAAUAUUUGAGGAAUACUGUUAGCAACUUUUCAGUGAUGGAUAUUGAACAAAUUGUGGCGGAAAUGCAAUUACAAGAUGAAGCAAAAAGAUUAGAAGAACAUUUGGCUAGUCUUCGAAAAAACAACGAAGAUGCACUGUCAUGCAUGGUGGCAUCGGUGGAUGAAUGGCUGAGAACAUUUGUUCAUCCUUUUGUUGAAAAUGGAAUCGAAAAGCCAAAAGCAAAAUCAAAGAAUCAAGCAAAGGCCACAAGUCCAAUUGAUACCGCAGUUGUGUCAACAGGUGAAAGUACGAAUGAUACUGCUGCAACCUCAUCAAUAGAAGAAAAAAAAACUUUUUGGCAACAAUUAUCACACACUCUAGAAAAUAUGGAGGAGAAAUCAUCAAAACCAGGGUCUCCAAGACAGGAAUAUCCAGAAAGACAUAAUUAUCAGUACAAUUCAAUCAAAUUUUUGAUGGAUUCUAAGAAUGGAAAACUAUUCUCAACUGAGCAUUUAUUUUCACAGAAUAUUUUUCAAAAAUCAUGCACGAAUGUCACGAAUUUUUCAAAAGCUCUUUUGAAAAGAAUUCUUCACAAAUCGACCUAUGUCAAACUACAUAAUACCGUUUACACUUGGGGUGGAUUAACAAGUAAUGGAAUUAUCAAUGAGUUGAUUACAUUGGAAUUGGACAAAAUGAAACUUUCCCCUAAAAGACAGGACAACAAAAUUUCUGAAAGGAUAUUUCAUAGUUUUGAUUUUGUUGUUCACUCAAAUGUAUUUGUGAUUAUUGGAGGUAUCGACAAGAGAGGAAAUAUUCUUUCAGACAUAAAUAUUGCUGGAGCAAAUUUUGCUUGGAACAAUUAUUCUGGACUAAUACCCAAGUUAUGUGGACAUGCUACUGCCUCUAUAUUUCAUGAGCUCUAUAUAUUUGGAGGUUUUAAUGGGGAUCUUAACAAAUAUUCUAAUGACCUUUACUGUUUUGAUUUGUUCACCAAAGAGUUACGACCUGUGAUGAGCAAGUGUCCUAUCGAGUCCAGAGCUGGCUCGAGCAUGGCAGCCAUCCAAGACAAUAUUUACAUUUAUGGAGGCCAUUCGAGAACAAGAAUUUUCUCAGAUCUCUAUAGAUUGAACAUCAGUAGCAAGACCCUUUUCAAAGUCAGCAGUAUUGAUUCUUGGGUUGUCAUUCCUCGCCUUACCAUGUCGACACUGUACACUAAUGGUAGUGAUUUACUCUUGUUUGGAGGAUGGGAUGGUCACGAGUGGAAUACGACAUUAUUUGAAGCCGACUCAAAAAAGAUGAGAUGGCAAAUAGCAACACGAGACUUUGACUCGACAUUUGACGAAUUUGUUCCUUUUUGUUCAGCCACUCCAAUCGCAGGAAAACUCAUGUUACUUGGAGGAAUUCCAAACCAAAUUCCCUUCAACUCAUUUAGAGACACAUUUUUGAGAUUUGUUUGUUGUAAGGAGCCACUCGAAGGAGAAGACUCCUCUUUAAAAGCUCCAUCAUUUCGAACACUCCAUCAGAAACGUGCAAAGGAUGAUACCAGCUUGUGUCAAUUCUAUUUGGAAUGGUACAAAACAGGGGCACCAGAAGAAUGCGAUGUGACGAUUCUCAUCAAUAGUUUGGAUGACAGUGGCGAGCAAGACAAUUUUUAUGGUCACAAAUUAAUGUUAUCGAGAUCUCCCGUGUUGAGGAAGAGGAUUCUUGCACUGGACAUGCUCGACUCCCCACAAAAUGAAAGCACUCAAUGUAUCAUCUCUGAUCACUUGAAUUUUUCAGGUUCAAUCAUGAAACAUGGCCACCCUGUUGCAAUUCUAUUAGAUGAUUUACCAAUUCAAAGUAUGAAUAAUUUAAGGACCAGCUUUACAUGUAUCAUGCAAUAUCUUUAUGCAGGGUCAUUUGAGACGAAUCAUUUAACAACUCACGAUUUUGAGGAUAUUUAUCUUUUGGCAUGCUAUUUGGAUCUACCACUGUUGAAGAAAGCACUCUGUGCGGCAGUGUUUACAUUUUCUGACAUGAAGGAGCAUGGCCUUCUAAGCUACCUCACUCAAACCAUGAAAACAUUUCUCAUUAUGGAAGAUGAAGUGAUUGAAAAUGUAGAAACACAUAUCCAAAACUUAGAUCAAACCCCUGUACCUAUUGGAAUGGUUCGAUUGGUAGCACCAAUCUCUCUUGACUCGAGUGACAUGUCAUAUCGAAGUGUUCUCGUUCACAAGUAUAUCCUAACACAACGAAGCAAGUAUUUCCGUUCAGUUUUCGACGUGAAUUUCUUAGAGUCCACAUCUCGAGUCAUGAUUUUUGAGCAAAACACCAUACGAAGUAUUCUUGCCAUCCUUAAUUAUAUGUAUACAGAAGAUCUGACCUCUGUUGAUAUGGAUCAAAACAAUGCCGUCGAAAUUUACAUGUCAAGUUUUCAAUUUGAACUCGAAGAGCUUCAUGAAUAUUCAAAGAAUGUCAUUCGAGAGCAACAGAAUGUUGAUGUUCACACCAUGAUUCAACUUCUCGAAAUUUGUGAAAAUAUUGACGACAAACUCAUGAAAGGAUUUUGCAAAUUUCAUAUUGCCAAACAUUAUGAUGAAAUUAUGAAAACAGAUCCAUCCAUGCUCGACAAGUUGAGUAAGGAAACGCGGUUUGACAUUCAAAAACAAUACUGCAAUUUGAUUAAGAAAAAAGAGAAUCUACAGAAAAAAUACGCAUCUCUCUCCUUCUCAGCAAUGCCAAAGAAGAUUGAAAAGUAUCAAUUGGGUAAAACCCUCGGUAGAGGUACCUUCUCUAAAGUCAAAUUAGCAGUGGAUACAACAGAUAACUCUCAUUGGGCAAUCAAAAUCAUUGAUAGAAAGAUGGUCAAGCAAGAAAACAUGGAGGCUCAGCUCAAGAGAGAAAUUGCCAUCAUGAAAAUCCUCAAACACAAACACGUCGUACAAUUGAGAGAGGUUCUUCAAAGCUCUAAACAUAUUUACAUUGUAUUAGAAUUGAUUACCGGAGGUGAAUUGUUCGACAGAAUUGUCGAGGCAAAACGAUUCGAUGAGAAUACAGCAAGAAAAUACUUCCAACAAUUGAUUUCGGGAAUUGAGUAUUGUCACUCUCAAGGAAUUGCUCAUAGAGAUUUGAAGCCUGAAAAUUUGUUGUUGGACUCCGAGGAUGUCUUGAAAAUUAGUGACUUUGGUUUGUCUGCACUCUCUGGUACUGAUGGACAAAGUAAGCUCCUCAUGACCACAUGUGGUACACCAAAUUAUGUCGCUCCUGAAGUAUUGAAGGAAAAAGGAUACGACGGCAAGAAGGCUGAUGUUUGGUCUUGUGGUGUAAUUUUAUAUGUCAUGUUGGCCGGAUAUUUGCCAUUUGAGGAUGAAACCAUGAAGGGACUCUUUGCCAAGAUUGAAUCUGGUAAAUUCUCAUAUCCACCACAUUUCACACCUGCCCAAACUGAUCUCAUUAGCAAAAUGCUUGUCGUAGAUCCUGAAAAGAGAAUUACUAUUGAGCAAGUCAUGGAUCACAAGUGGUUCAAGGUCAACUUUAAGAUGGAUAAGACUACCUCCAAGAUUAGCUUGACUGACAAGGAAAUUGAUGCCUCUGUUAAGUCCACCGCAGAUGCAACUGAGGUUCAAGCUUCCACAACCCCUCAACCAACUCAAUUUAAGGCAGGCACUUUGAACGCCUUCGAUUUGGCUUCCAUGUUGAUGAUGGGUUCUAUAAAUCCUCUCAUGUCCUCCGAUGCAUCAGUCAAAAUCAAGAGACAAACCAGGUUUAUGGCAAAAGGAAGCAAGUCUCAAGCUCAAACAGCAAUUGUGCACACUUUGGAUCAGUUGAAGGCCAAACCAACAACUAAGGGUGAUGAUGAAAUUAAGUGUAUGGCAACCGUGAAUCAAUCUGUGAUUACCUUCAGUGUUAAGAUUGAAGAAACAAGUGGUGGAUUCUCAGUUGUCGAAGUGAGAAGAGGAAAGGGUAAUAUUCUUGACUACAAUGCAUUCUAUCGUUUGCUUGUCACACAAUUAGGCGAUUUGGUUGUCUCUAAGGAAAUUAAAUAA